AUUUUUAGAUACAUGUAUAUUUAAAUUUUCUAAUGUCAUAUCCACCAGUGAAAUUUCGAUGGUGUAAACCGCUCACGCGUCUCGCCAGAAGCUUCCGACGAGUUCAAAAGGAUUCACCAAUUGUGGUUGAGCUGUUCAUUGCAGUUUUUAUUUUAUGCAUUCUCCUAAUAGCUGAUAUAUUAUGGCUGGGAGCAACACAUAGGCAUGAAAUAAAACUUAUGAAGGAAUCACAUUCACAUGAUGUUGAUAAAUUUCGAAAACAGUUCGACGCUCAGAUUCACCAAGUAGAUGCCCAACACGUUAUAAAAGAAAAAGACAAACUUGAGGAACACAACAAAGACGUCGAUCGCAUGAAAAUUCGGCACCAACAAGAAUUAGAAAGGAAAAUAAAUGCUAUCCAACAAGAACUUAACGGACUUAUGGCUCUUUCUAAAACGUACUGGGAACAACACGCAAUAAAUCAUGAUAAAGGUUUAUCAAAUGAUAAACAUAGGUAGUACUCACUGUGAUAAAAUCCACAACAAUAGCCGCAAAUGAGUAUUUAUUCCUGCUUGAGAUUAAGUAUUCAGAGAGUUAUCGCUGAAAUGAUAUUAAGAGAUAAAUAUUUCAGUGAUUAGAUGCCCGAAUUUAUAAAAUAUUGAAAUUUGAAAAUACUCCCACCUGAGAUUAGAACAUUAUAAAGAAGUUUGUAUUCUAUAUACCGUAUUUUUUAUAAUAAAAGUAUGUACGCGAAUGCAUUAAAACACGAUUUAUCAAUUUUCACAGUUGCUAUUUUAGAUUUUUUUUCGUCUUUUUUCUAAAAAUUGACGUCCAAAUGUUUAAUGGCGGUACAGUUUUAUGACGAUAACUUUUAUGACUACCUAAUUACGGCGUUUGCUAAAUAGUUUUACAAAUAUGUACUGUUGUAUUUUUGCUUUGUGCAUAUACAAUAAAUAAUGCGAAAUUUGUGUUUCGAAAUUACUCCAACCCAA